GGGAUGUUUUGCAUAAAAUAUGAGCUUGGUAAACACGUUCCGUGUGCUGUGGGCCCGGGGCUGUGUGGGACAGUAUAAAAGGCAGAGCAAGUGAGGAUCCCUCAUCCAGCUUUCCUGCCUUCUCCACCUCCUCGGUGACACAGGUUCUCCUCCAGCCCCAGCCAUGUCCUGCUACGACCUGUGCCGGCCCUGCGGCCCCACCCCGCUGGCCAACAGCUGCAACGAGCCCUGUGUGCGGCAGUGCCAGGACUCCCGCGUGGUCAUCCAGCCCUCGCCCGUGGUGGUCACCCUGCCCGGGCCCAUCCUCAGCUCCUUCCCCCAGAACACCGCCGUGGGAUCCUCCACCUCCGCCGCCGUGGGCAGCAUCCUCAGCGAGGAGGGAGUGCCCAUCAACUCGGGGGGCUUUGGGCUCUCGGGGCUCUCCGGCCUCGGUGGCCGCUACUGCGGCCGCAGGUGCCUGCCCUGCUAGAGCCGGGCCGCACGUCCAGCGAGUGCCUCCCCAGGCCAAGUGUCCCCUGGAGCUGCUGGCCAGCGUUUCCAGAGGCCUUGGGGCUCCCUGCAGCCCUCCUGCCAAGGAGGGAAGGAGGGAGGUGCUGUCUGGUCUCGUGGCCAGCCU